GGGUUUUGGGAGGUUUCUGAGGGUGUCGGUGCCCGUGUGCCCCCCCGGGGUCCCAGCCCCACGUGUGUCCCCAGGGAUCGAGGCCACCACAGUGUUCUGGCCGGCCCAGCCCCGGGGCAGCGCCCGGCCCGUCCUCUUCCAGCUGCACUUCUGGGACUGCGGGGACGGAGCCCUGAGGAAGUUCGAGCACCUGCUGCCCGCCUGUCGGGAGGAGCUGGACGCCGUCCUGGUGCUGUUCUCCUUCACCGACCGCGCGUCCUUCGAGGAGCUGCCGGCGCAGCUGAGCCGCCUCGCGGGGCACGGGCUCGUCACCGUGGUCGUGGGCACCAAGUCCGACCUGUCCCCGCACGCGGCCGUCACCGAGCGGGACGUGCGGGCUCUCGAGGCCGCGCGGGGGCUGCGGGUGCUGCGGGCGGGGGCGGCCCCGGGGGGGGCGCGGGCCGGGCUCGCCCGGGCGGCCCCGAUCCUCGAUUCCCUGGCGGAGCAGCUCUGGAAAAGGGACCAGGUCGCCGCCGGGGUGGCCCGGGGGGAGGAGGGGACCCCCCCCAGCUGAACCCCCUGUCAGGGGGCGGCUCCGGGGGGAGGCGGGAGGGGGAAAAGUGCUUUUGGACUAAAAUCUGUGUUUUCUAUGAAAAAUA